UCACCCUUCGCCCCUUUUUAACGAGCUCCUUCUCUCUUCUUCCCCUUUUCGUUGCUCUGAGAGCGCUGCGGGGGUUCCACUGCCUCCUGUACCGUUUGGAACCCGCGGUUGCCAUACUAACCCCAGCGGGGGUAGGGGGUGUCUGAUGCCAUCGUCUUGGCGACGGAAGGGGUGCUUCUCCCUUCCCGGGCCACUUGGUCCCUCAAGGCGCUGGUGGCCGUGAUUCCUGGAGAGAAGAGGGAAUGCUGGUUGAAUCCGACGAGCGGGGGCUUGGAUGGCAGGGGUAGGGAAAGGCAAAAGACAGGAGUAGGAGCCACCAUGUUGGUGAUACCCCCCGGACUGAGCGAGGAGGAGGAGGCUCUGCAGAAGAAAUUCAACAAACUCAAGAAAAAGAAAAAGGCAUUGUUGGCUCUGAAGAAGCAAAGUAGUAGCAGCACAGCCAGCCAAGGCGGUGUGAAACGCUCACUGUCAGAGCAGCCUGUGGUGGACACAGCCACGGCAACAGAGCAGGCAAAGCAGCUGGUGAAGUCAGGAGCCAUCAGUGCCAUCAAGGCCGAGACCAAGAACUCGGGCUUCAAACGUUCUCGAACCCUAGAGGGGAAGUUAAAGGACCCUGAGAAGGGGCCAGUCCCCACUUUCCAGCCGUUCCAGAGAAGCAUAUCUGCUGACGACGAUCUGCAGGAGUCAUCCAGACGGCCCCAGAGGAAAUCUCUGUAUGAGAGUUUUGUGUCUUCCAGUGAUCGGCUUCGGGAACUAGGGCCAGAUGGGGAAGAGGCAGAGGGCCCAGGGGCUGGUGACGGUCCUCCUCGAAGCUUUGACUGGGGCUAUGAAGAACGUGGUGGUGCCCGCUCCUCAGCCUCCCCUCCCCGAAGCCGCAGCCGGGACCACAGUCGUGAGCGGAACCGAGACAGAGACCGAGAUCGGGAACGGGAUCGAGACCGAGACAGAGACCGAGAUCGGGAACGGGAUCGAGACCGAGAUCGGGAACGGGACCGCGAUCGGGACAGGGACCGCGAUCGGGACAGGGACCGUGAUCGAGAACGAGAGGGCCCUUUCCGCAGGUCGGACUCGUUCCCUGAACGCAGGGCCCCUCGGAAGGGGAAUACUCUCUAUGUGUAUGGAGAGGACAUGACACCCACCCUCCUCCGUGGGGCCUUCUCUCCCUUUGGAAACAUCAUUGACCUCUCCAUGGACCCACCCAGAAACUGUGCCUUCGUCACCUAUGAAAAGAUGGAAUCAGCAGAUCAGGCCGUUGCUGAGCUCAAUGGGACCCAGGUGGAGUCCGUACAGCUCAAAGUCAGCAUUGCCCGCAAACAGCCCAUGCUGGACGCUGCCACUGGCAAGUCUGUCUGGGGCUCCCUUGCUGUCCAGAACAGCCCUAAGGGUUGCCACCGGGACAAGAGGACCCAGAUUGUCUACAGUGAUGAUGUCUACAAGGAGAACCUUGUGGAUGGCUUCUAGGGAAUGGAGCUGGAUUCCGUGUGCCUCAUCUGCGCCAACACUGGUCUCAGUAAAACACUGAGGUGGAAGCUCACACAUCUCCCUCAGCCUCUGGUUUUUCAGCACUUGGGAUUGGGGUUGAGCCUUUAAAAACGGCUGUUAGAUUUUAUCUCAGUUGUAACACAUGGCCAGUGCACGUUCCCCUCCCCCUUACCCCAAAAGGAUCUUGAACACA